AUGUCGGACCGCCGAACUCUAUGUCGUGCGACGGCUUUACAGGGCCGUUCUCUUUGUGCCACUGGUGGUCCAGAUGCAGCAUUCAGGGCUGAACAUGAGAGACUAGGCGCGUUCGAAUCGAAACCCAGUAGCGUAUCUUACGACAUGCGAAGAGCCUUGGAGCCCAUUGAGAUAGAGACGUGGUUUCACAUUGUGAGUGGCGAAACCGAUGCAGAUUUAGUAACAGACGAGAUGGUCAUACUUCAGUUACAUUAUUUGCAAAAAGCCUAUGAAAACGCUUCAAUAUCCUAUCGGUUAAAGGGCGUCACCCGUCAUAUUAAUAAAACUUGGGCGCGCAAUGGGGAUGACUCCGCCAUGAAGAAAGCACUUCGCAAGGGAGGUUACAGCACGUUAAAUGUCUACUUUCAGACCAAUCUACAGCCACCCUCCACCACGGACUUUGCGAGAUGGACCUCUGAAGGUGACAAUCGCCACGCAUAUAACUCAGACCUUGCCUCCCCUAGCGUCCUUGGUUUCUGCACUCUUCCGGAUCCGAGCAUUAACGCCAGCAGCCCUCGAGUCAGUUACUCCAAAGAUGGCUGCAAUGUGCUGGCUAAGACUAUGCCUGGUGGCCCCAUGACUCAUUACAAUCGGGGUGGUACUGCAAUACACGAAAUUGGUCACUGGAAUGGUCUCUUACAUACUUUCGAAGGGGAGUCGUGUUCGAAAGACAAUGCUGGUGAUUACAUUGCAGACACACCGCAGCAGUCGGUGCCUACUGAUGGGUGCCCUUCUCAGAAGGAUUCAUGCCCGGAUAGCCCUGGCUUGGACGACAUACAUAAUUUCAUGGACUAUUCAUCUGAUGACUGUUAUGCUUCCUUUACAUCUAAUCAGCUGAAGAGAAUGCGAGACAUGUGGUUCUCCAUGAGGAAAGGAAAAUAA